CUCUACAAAAAUAGGUUUUACUUUAUUCAACAAUUAAACAAAAACGUUUUGGCUGUGAUGUCUUAAUGUAAAAUGUGGAACAUAAAAAGAAGACGAUUUGAGAAAUGUCUAUUUUCAUUUAAGUACUUAUUUUAUACAAAGUGGAUCAAUUGUAACGAAAACAGUCUUCUUACAUGUUUUGUCGUGGAAGUGAUAUAGGUUUAAACACUCAGAGAUCAGAGGAAGUGAACGAACACAGGAAGAGCUGAGAGUAUUUAAAGAAAGAGUUGAAGAGGAAGACUGACAGAAAGAGAAGAUGUCUGAUAAGUGUGAUCUGUGUCUGCUGGGACUCAUCUUUCUCUCUUCACUUCUCACAGGUAUCAGUGAAGUAGAUGAUCAUGUGUUCAUCAGUUCUGGAGAAAAUGUCAGUCUGUCCUGUAAUAAUGCUCUUCAUGACUGUACAUCAACUGUAUGGAUAUAUAAUAACAGACAUUCAGCAUCAGUUGAACUGAUUGCUGGAGGAAUAAAGAAGAAAGACACAGAGAGACAUGAGAGACUGAGUCUGGGGUCUGACUGCUCUCUGAACAUCAAGAACAUCACAGAAGAAGAUUCUGGACUUUACACCUGCAGACAAUAUGUGAAUGGACAACAACAUGGAGCUGAUGCUUGUGUUUAUCUGCAUGUUCUUCAGAUGUCUUCAUCAUCUUCAUCAUCCUCACAGACUGAGAUCAGUGCAGACUCUGUGACUCUCUUCUGUCAGCUGUAUUUAUAUUCAUAUACUAGAGACUCUUGUGAUUGGAUCAGUUCUGAGAGAAUUGAGGUGUUCUGGGUGAAUCAGGCUGGUGUUAAACUGAAGAGAUCAGACUCCAGAGAUCAGAUAUUAUUCUCAUCAAAUCAGUGUAUCAUCAGACUGACUACAACACUCCUGAAUGAAGAUCUCAACAGAGAGUGGAGAUGUGAAGUUACUCACAGAGAUCAAGUCAAGACCUCAGUCACAUACACUGUCAGGAGAUCAGCUCGAGCUGAAACAACGACAGCAGAAACUUCACGAGCUCCAGAUUCAGUGACACAGAUUCCAGUCAGCAGCUCAAACUCUGAGAAGAAAUCAGGAGAAACUCCAGCAGUUGUAACAUUCAGUUCAGAAACAGCACCAGUUUCAGACACUGAAUCAAGAUCUCUGCAUCGAGUGAUUGUGAUUAUUGUAGAGUUUGCAGUGUUUGUUGCUCCUACUGUGAUUCUUCUUCAGAUCAUCUGUAUGAGAAGAACUGAGAAGAAGAAAUCACAGCACCGAGAGGAAAUAGUGAUGAAUACGAGAUAAGAAUGAAAUACUCUUCUCAUGUAUCCUCGUGUCAGUCCUCAGUUACUUGCAUGCAGUUUAGAAAGAUCUUUACUAGCGCUCCAAACUGUAUAGAAAAUCUAGAAUAUUAAAUACAAGAAAAGCAGAGCUGAAUAGCAUCUGAUUACAUAUAACCUGGAUUACAUGAUCAGAUUAAAAAAAAUAAGUACUUUGUAACACCUAGCCCUCACCCGAGUACUAGCUGGGCUUACCCUCUGCUUCUUCUGCCUUCAUUUCCUGUUUAGAGGCCUUUAUAACCAGAGGCUUUCCAAGUAUUCCCAGUAUUACCUGCCUUACAGAGAGUUCUCUGUCUUCCCCUCUUGCUGAUCUUGUGUUUGAUUAUUGCCUUUUUACCUGUUUUAAGACCUUUGGAUUUUCCCUUCUGUGUUGUUUGCUGGAUUGGAUUGAUGACCUUCUGACCUUCUGCCUGCCUUCAUGUUUAUGAUUGUUGUCUCAGCCCUAAAUAAACUUCUGCAAAUGGU